AUGUUAGGCCUUGUAUUAGCUGGCUGUGAAAAGUUUUGCUGCUUGAUGGAUUUGGCUAGUAACUUUGUAUCAAGAUCGACGUACAAUGAUUACAUGAAAAAAAUGCUCGACUGUAAGAGAAGUAGCGAAUCGAUUUUUAUCUGCUACAAAAGAAGAAAAAGCAGCAACAGCCGAAGAGAAAAAAACUGAAGAUGCCGAUGAACUCACUGUAUCAAGCGAUGGAACAUGGAAAAAAAGAGGCUUCUCAUCUUUAGUUGGCGUCACCUUGUUAAUUGGUUACUUCACAGGUAAAGUUCAUGACACUAUUGUCAAAAGUUCAUAUUGUCACAAAUGUAAAACUUAGGAAAAUAAAUUAUAAUGCAAAAUACAAAGAAUGGCAUGAAGCUCAUCUGGAUGGUGGAGAUUCAGGCAAAUCAUACUGGAAAUAUGGGGGUUAAAGUGAUAAAAACCAUGUUUCAACGAUCGGUAGGGAAUGGUGUGCAAUAUCGCAACUAUAUCGGUGACUCUAAAGUUUACUCCAGGUUGGUGAAUUCUAAACUUUAUGGUGAUGAUUUUCCAUUAGUGAAAAAAGAAUCGACACUCAUCUACAUGAAAUAGUCAAGAAGACUAUUAUAGAUACUAUAACUAAGGCUGGAAAAAAGAUCAAAAGAAAGUUUGUCUGGUAAAGGGAAACUUUUGGCUAAAUUGAUAGAUAAACUGACGGUAUACUACGGUUUGGCUAUUAGACGUCACUCUGAUUCCGUAAAAAGUAUAAAGAAUGCUAUCUGGGCAAUGUUCUUUCGCUACAGUUCAACUGACAAGAAUCCACAGCAUAAGAAUGCCUGAGUGGCGCAGACUCCUGGUGCGAAUGGCAAAAAGCUGCAGUUGAUAAUACAUUGGAUUCGUUUAAACACACAUACAGUGCUCUUCCUAAGAAUGUUCUAGGUGCCAUCAAGCCUAUCUAUCAAGAUUUGAGCAAAGAUGCCCUUCUGGAGCGAUAAAUCGGAGGAUUCACACAGAACAAUGAGAGUUUGAACCAACUCGUUUGGAAAAUCUCACUAAAGCACUUGAGUGGAACCUCUAUCAUUGUUGAAAUGGUAGCCUGUGUCUUUAAUGAAGGAUUUUUUGUUUUACUACCCUUAUGCAAGACAUAGGAAUCAGUAGUGGACAAAGCGCUCAUGAAUGGGUGCGAUCAACUGACUCCAUGCGUAUAAGCCAAUUAGAGAAGGAAGCAAAAUAUUGAGCUUUAAUGUAGUUUUUUUUUUUAUUAAGGAAUUUGAAUAUCAAAUGUUUUGAGUAAAAAAUUAUGUGGAACCAAUCUAAUUUUUCAAUUUUUUGUUUUGAACAUGUGUAUAAAGCCGAUUUAAGAACAAUGGUGAAGUCAGAAUUUAGCGGACAUCUGAUUUAACAAUAACAGAGUGUUCUGUCACAUCAUCCAAUCCCUGAGAAACUUUUUUCACUAUUAAAAUACACAUACAGAAAAUUUACCAGUUACAAAUAAAUUACAUUUUCUGUUAAUGUAUACAAUUUUGAAUUAAUAUUAUCUAAUUUGUGGCUUUACCAUAAUUUUAUUUCAUAUUAAAUAAAUUCAACUGAAUUAAAAUUUUCUAUAAAAUUUCUUACAUUUCUCAUAAUUCUUUAAUGUAAAAAUUGUUAGAUACAUUAUUUAUUUUGUAAAUACC